AACAAAACAUAAAGGGCUUCAAGCAAAACUUCACCAUUUCCCCCAAUCUAAACAUUUGAAACCCUAACACUCUCAUUCCAUCCACACAUCUGUCCAAUGGGAUACCCUGCUUCCACCGUUAACCACCCCGACCGACGGCGUCGCAACCGUAACGACUCACCGGAACCUUCUCCUCCACCCGACCGUCGCAACCGCAGCUCCCGUCGCUCUCCAGAACAUUCCAGGUACGAUCACGAUCUCAAUCGUUCACGUAACCGUCGUUCACCUGAUUAUCCUAAAUCAACUCAUCAAACUCGUAGUAUUAGCCGUAGUCGUAGUCCGGAUUAUAGCCGUUACGAUAAUCAAACUAGCUAUCGCCGUAAUCACCGUUCGCCUGAAAACUCUAGGUUUAGAACAAGCCCUAACCCUAGGGUUCAUGUAGAUCCGAAUAGGAAGGUGAACUAUGGAGAACGGAAUAAACAGUAUCUGGAUCGUGACCGUGGUGGUUAUCGUAACGGUAACGGUGAUGGACCGGAGUCUGAGUCGGAUGAGGAGUUGAAAGGAUUGAGUUAUGAAGAGUAUAGGAGGUUGAAAAGGCAGAAAAUUAGGAAGAUGUUGAGGAAUUGUAUAUGGAAUGUUACACCGAGUCCUCCGAGGGGGGAUAAUGAGUUUGAUGAGGAUGAACCGGAGGAGGUUGUGGAAGAAAAGGAUGAGUUGGAUUUGAAGGCGAAGGGCGGUGGUUCGUCGGAGUCUGAUUCGGAGUCGGAGUCAGGAUCGGAUGACUCGGUUUCUGAUUCGGAUGAUUCUAGGUCGAGGAGGAGGAGGAAGAAGAAGAGUUCUAGGUCUAGGCGUAGGAGAAAGAGAUCUGUUUCUGUGAGCGACAGUGAGUCGGAUGAUUCUGAAGAAGAAGACAGACGGAAGAAGAAGAAUUCGAGGUCUAGGGCUAGAAGAAAGAAAUCGGUAUCCGUGAGUGAGAGUGAGUCGGACUAUUCGACUGAUGAUUCUGAAGAAGAAAGGAGGAAGAAGAAGAAGUCGAAGAGAUCUACCAAACGAAAGAGUAGCAGUAGGAAAACUAGUAAGAGAAAGAGAAGAAGUAGUUCAAGAAAAGGUACAGAUAGCGAUUCUGAAGAAAGUAGCGAGAGUGAUAGAAGCAAGUCCAAAAGAAGCCACCGAUCUUCCUCAAAAUCAAGCAAGAAAAGGAGUGAAAAAGGUAGUGAGAGUUCAGCAUCAGACGAUAAUUCAGAUUCUGCAAAUGAAAACAAAAGUAAACCAAAGGCGGAUGAUUUGGAGAAAACAGAAAACGAUAGUGAGAUGCUCAUGUUUAAAGAAAUGAUGGAGUCAAAAAAGAAGCUUGCAUUGGAUGAUGAACCAGAGGUGGGACCGAUGCCGUUACCAAGAGCUGAAGGGCAUAUUAGCUAUGGUGGUGCAUUGAGGCCCGGUGAAGGUGAUGCUAUUGCACAGUACGUGCAGCAAGGGAAACGUAUUCCUCGUAGAGGAGAAGUUGGUCUUUCGGCUGAUGAGAUUAGCAAGUUUGAAGAUCUUGGUUAUGUUAUGAGUGGUAGUAGGCAUCAAAGAAUGAACGCAAUUCGUAUUAGGAAAGAAAAUCAAGUCUAUAGUGCUGAGGAUAAGCGGGCUUUAGCCAUGUUUAACUAUGAAGAAAAAGCAAAGCGUGAACAGAAAGUCAUGGCUGACUUGCAGCGGUUGGUACAACGUCACAUUGGAGAAGAGACAGGCCCUUCUCAUGAUCCGUUUGGUGGAAAAGCAACGGAGGACCCUGAUGCUUGAUUGCAAGAUAUAGCUGUUGAUCUGGUGUACUACAUGGCUUUCUCUGCUGUUGCUAUCAUGGUUUUGAAUGGACGUUGCUGAUCGAAGGUUAACUGUUAUAUAACUUAAAGUGUCCGUAUUCUGUAUUUUGCAUCUUUAAACUGAUCAAAUCAGUCUCUCCGCUUUUCUAAUGGUUUCAGUGCGACAUUAUCAUGUUAGAACCUAAUUUGUGUGUAGAAUGAUUGUUCUUGUAUUUUCGACAUAUUAAACGAAAUAAGGCACACAAGUUCGGUCGGGGCAACAUAUUCAAAGA